GUAAAGGUCUUGGACAUCGCAUUACGCGACUCAGCAAAAUAGCAUUAACUCAAUACUAAUAGCUCCACUGGAAACGGUUUCAUGGAUAUAGACGAACGACAACGCCGUCAAGUAGAAGAUGAUCCGUUUCUGGCAUUCAUCGAUUACGCUAGGUCGAUUUUGUCACCGGACGAAGAAGAAGGAGAUGUAGGUUGUGAUACGAAUGGACUCGUUAGAGAGACUAGUGGACCCGGUUGGAGCUGGAUCGCGUCUCGGAUCCUCAAGACUUGUAUCGCUUAUUCAAGUGGAGUGACCGCUGCUAUUCUGUUCUCAGAUCUCUCUCAGGCUUGGCGUGAGCAACACAGGACUGGGGCAUCAAAGAGAAAACCAGAAAUUAUUAAUCAGUUGAAGGAGAAACAUAGGAGAACUAAGUUGCCAAACACCAUCACCAUUGACUCCAUAUAUGAGAAGAACUUCCUGUCUUUCAAUAGCAUUUUAGAAGCUGUUGUGGUUGAUGCUUUUGUUCUUCCUGGUACAAACAUCUACAUGCUUACCUUGGGGGAUUUUUGGAGCUCAAAUACCAUUGACCUUUAUUUGCACCGAAGAUACUAUGACUUGGUUGAUCCUCGCAAUGGAAUCUUGAAGAAGGGUAGGGAAGUUUUCGUCACAGGCUGCUAUCUUCGAACAGCCAGAGAAGGAUCUGGUUGUCCUCGACUUCUACCAACAGAAUAUCUUGUAAUAGUAUUAGAUGAUGAUCAGGAUGAUGAUGCCAUGCUGAUAGCAGCUCAGUUUUGUUCAGAUUCUUUCUCUUCCAUUUCUCUUAAGGAAGUUAACAAUCGGGUUUGUUAUUCAUUAUACGCAAGGAUUGAAUCUAUAGAUUCCAUGGAAGUUGAGGGACUAUCUGGCAAUGUACAGAGGAAGCAGAUCACUCUUGUUGACAACGAUGGCAUCCAGCUAAAAUUUCUUUUGUGGGGUGAGCAGGUUGUCCUGGCCAAUCUUUUCAGCAUUGGAAGUAUGCUAGCACUUGAUAGUCCAUAUAUUGCAAGUUCUAAAGAGAGUGCUGUUGAAACAACAAGUGAGAUUUGUCUUGAAUAUGGAAGUGCAACGCAACUAUAUUUGGUCCCUUUCAUUCAACACGAGGAACAAGUUUAUGUACCUUUGACCCAAAACCGAUACCAAGGAUCAAAGUUGAUGAGUGCAUUAGAUCCUACUCAGUUGCCUAAAGUUUCACAAGUGACAUUGCCCUGUGAUUCUCAGGGGUCUAUCGACUUUAGCAAUUAUCCUUUUCGCUCAUUUGUAAUUGAUCUUCGUGACAAGAUGACAAGCAUCAGCCUCUAUGGUAUUGUUACAGAAAUUCUCCGUGAAAGAAAUACCACAGAAAUGAUUUUCUCUUUAAAGAUUGAGGACACAACAGGAGCCAUUUGGGCAAAGCUACACUUUGCUGGAUCUUGGUCUCUAGGGAGAUUAGGGCUCGGUCACACAGUGUUUGUAUCUGGCUUGUCGUGCUAUAAGACAAAACAUAACAGGUGAGCAGAUUCAACAAUUCUGUUGCUUAUCUUCAUGACUUUAUAUAAUGGCGAAAUUAUCUUUAAAAUCAUAUUAUGAUGCCACUAAUCUUUGCACUCACUUUUGACAUGGUUACAGAUAUGCCGAGUUCGGCUUGAUCAAGUUGAUCAAUGUCAUGUCAGUACAAGAGAUUCACAUUCACUUUGCGGUCAUCUUGUUAACAAGACACCAAGUGGUGUAGUUGAAUGCAGUUUCUGUCAUUGUAUUUGUGAUGAAGUCACACGAACUUUCCACUUAAAAAUCACUCUUGCGGAUGACCAUGCAAAGAUUUUUGCAUGGUGUACUGGUCAAACUGCAACUGAAUUGCUGCAGAUAUCGCCUGAUGAAUUCUAUGAGCUCCCCGAGGAUGAACAGUUCAUGUACCCUUCUUCUCUAGAGAAUGAGAGCUUCAUUGUUGCAUUAGUAAACAGCAAGAGGCUGGAUUAUGGCAGGCAGAGCCUCAUAUUGGAUCCUGAUACAGUUCCUUGGGAGAUCACUCGUGCACUAAGGUAUGAAUAGGUGAUACUAUUCAGAAUUGAAAAGGAGACAUCAUCGGUCUUAUCUAUGCUGGGUAUUUACAAUUCUCCUUUCUUUGUAAAGCUCAAGCUAAUGUGAAAUGGUUGCCUGGUAAAUGUAGCCGUCGGGCGGGGAUGUGGUCUCCGUUAGCACCAAAAUUGUUAUAUCAUUACAAUUUUGAUAGUUGGCUAAUUUAUAAAGUUAGAAAAUUGUCGAGCUCCGUUGACUUAUAUUUCCCGCGUUCGCUGAAAUAGAAUGAGCUUUAAAUUCAA